AUGGCAAAAAGAAGCCAUUUACUAUUCUAUGCCUCCCUUUUCCUUCGUCUCGUAGGAACGCCGAUUCGACACAUUUACAAACCCCUGCUAAUCCGUGGGUACACUCGAUUCAUGGCCUCCUGCGCUGUCUUUUUUGUGAGCGCCUUCUUUCACGAGUUCACGGUGUCAGUUCCACUGAAGAUGCCCCGAAUGUGGGCCUUUUUGGGCAUGUUGGGUCAACUUCCGUACGCACUUCUAGUUCAGCACUUCUGUCCAAAGGGUGGCAAACUCGGGAACAUGGCAAUGUGGCUAACACUGAUCGUUGGUCAACCUCUGGCGAUCUACAUGUACUUCCACGAUUACUACAUUCUUCGUUACCAUCAGUAG